UAAUUUUUGUUUCAAUUUGACUCUCAUUUAAUGAAAACUUCUUUUCUUCGCUAUUAGGAUCGGCAGAAUCGGUAUCAAUGAAUACAAACGAAGAAAAGAAGUUUUCAUUAAAUGAGAGUCAAAUUGAAACAAAAAUUACUGAGAAAGAUUUGGCAGUUAAAUUUGAAAUACAGAACAGUAAACUAGAAGCAAUGGAUGCAUCAAUUCAACAACUCAAGAUUCAGGUGGAACAUUGUUCACAACGAAUAAUGAAAGGAUUAAAAAUACCAACCGAGGAAUCAUCAGAUAUUCAUGAGUAUGUAUAA